AUCCGCCUAGCCGUCACCUUACAUCCCUCUCUACCGUGGAUUUCCCCUCACCAUCCUCCCAUCUCGAUAGAACAAAAACUAAAAAACAAACAAAACACUGUCUCAAUGUAAGAAGAAAGUGCCACCGUCGAACAGUAUCGAAUAACAGUGAAUUUCUUCGAAACCUACGAACAAUCAAAGUGUACUUGCCAAGCAUCAUCGAGCUCUUCAAGAACAGGACCAAAGCUAGGAUAUAAAAAUAGAAAGACCCACCAGGAAGAAUCAGCAAAGUAAUUACCUGAAAUUGUUCUAUUCGAGGGACCAGUCUACGAUCAGCCAAUCUUUGAGGAUGAAGUCCUCCAGGAUGGUCCGGGGACUGUUCAGUGCGUUGCUGAUGUUGUCCAUCACACUGGCGUCCUGUCAAAAGGAUUCCGACGGGAAUCCAGCGGUGAACGAGCCGUACUUCGAGACCCCCGAGUACAUAAUACCGUGUAGUAGAUCAGAUCCGAAGAUAGAGGCGUGCUUUCAGAAGACGCUGAAUCAUUUGCAGCCCUAUUUACUGAAAGGUAUUCCUGAACUGGAUCUGCCACCGAUUGAACCGCUGAUCAUUCCCGAGCUGGGAAUGGAAAAUGGACAGGGUGCUGUGCGCAUACGAGCUUUAUUCUCUAAUAUUACCGUGAUAGGAGCGGGGAAUUAUUCUAUUACCAAAACGCGACUCGACAUUUCAUCGUACAGGCUCGAUCUUCAUCUAGCGUUCCCGAAGAUCGAGCUCGAAGGUCACUACGAAGUGGUUGGAAACGUGCUGUUAUUCCCGAUCCAGAGUCACGGUGACUUUUGGGCGCUUUUUGGCGAUGUUCUGGCGGUCGCGCGUGUCCAGGGUAUCGAAGAGAUCCGCGAUGGCGUUCGUUACUUGAAGGUGGCGCGGAUGUUGGUGGACUUCAGCUUGGGCCGGGCCCGGUUUCGCGUGGUCGAUCAGCUGAACGGCGACAACGUGAUCGGCCAGGCGAUGAAUCAGUUUCUCAACCAGAACGCGAAGGAGAUCAUCGAAGAAAUGAGACCGGCUGCCAGUGCGAGCAUCGCGAAACACUUCAAGGACUUCCUUGGCAAGGCCUUGACCAAAGUGCCGCUGAAAGUUUGGCUCAGCGACACGUAG